ACUCAACCUCUUAUUGGAACAAUUUUUGCGCGGCUACAGUAACUCCCGCUCCAAUUAAUCCACUUAAUAAUUUUGGCGACUACAGUAAAACUUAUGAUAGUAUGAUAUCAAAUGCACAAAUGGUUUUUAAUGGUACGAGUUCUCGUUUCUACAUGCUGGAUCAGACCGGAAUUGCAAUGAUUUCCACUCUCAGUCCUAUUGUUGAUGAACAAGAACAGAUGAUAAACAUAUUACAAGGUUUCAAUAAACUUAAUGAGAUGGGUGCAAAAAAGAUUGUUCUUGAUCUUACCGAUAAUAGCGGUGGUAUAAUAUCCGUUGCUGAAUUUGUGAAUAUUUUAUUGUUCCCAAAUACCAAUCCUUCUUUCCCAAGUGACGGAAAAGUCACUAACUUUUCCACAUUAGCAAUCCAAACAGCGACUACAGGACAAAUAUCUGAUAGCGUUUUUGAGGCUCAACAAUAUGCAUUAUUUUCUACAGAACAAGUAUUCAACACUUCCCAAGAUUUUAUAGGGAACAAUGUAUACACGCGUGGGACUCAAGUAAGAUAUACUAACAAAUUCAUCUAUACUAGAAAUAGAGUAAUCAUUCAACAAGUCCUUGGGAACAGCCCGCCAAAAUAUCCAUGGACAUCAAAAAAUAUAAUUAUUUUAACCAAUGGUAUUUGUGGAUCAUCAUGUGCAAGAAUAGCCCAACAUUUAGCAGAAUUGCAAGGUGUUGCCACCAUAGCAGUUGGAGGAUUUGCAGAUACACCUUUAUCAUUUUCAUCAUUCACUGGUGGGGAAGCUUUCAAUAGUUACGCAUUAUUUAAAGAUUUGUUCGAGUUAGGGUUACUUGAUAAUCCACUUUCACCACAACCUUUUGACCUUUAUGGUAUUCUUGCAUUUCCUAUAUUUGAAAAAUAUAGUGUUAAAAAUGAUCAAGAAGUUUUGGAAUUUUCAUAUAGAAAGGCAGAUCAUAGGUUAUUUUAUGACGAGAAAAGCGUUAGAGAUCCUA